AAUUUCUAUUUCAUUCUUAAUGUCUUUCCCAAUGCUUCAACUUAAGCAACUUCUCAUUCUUCUCCACACUGUAACCAUAAUUAUAUGUUGUGUUUCCACUACUGAAUUUGUCUAUAAUACAAACUUCAACUCAACAAACAUUGUGAUAUAUGGAAAUGCAACCAUUCAAAAUUCCAUUCUCACUCUCACUAAUGGCACUUAUUUCUCUAUAGGCCGUGCUUUUUACCCUAAAAAAGUAUCAACCAAAUCACCCAACUCUUCCACUCUUCUCCCCUUUGCUACUUCCUUCAUUUUCUCAGUUGCCCCCAUCAAAAAAGUUCUCCCAGGACAUGGCUUUGCCUUCAUAUUCACACCUUCAAGAGGUCUAAAUGGAACAAUAUCAAACGAAUAUAUCGGUCUCUUCAAUUUGACCAAUGAAGGCAAUCUUAACAACCAUGUUUUUGGAGUUGAAUUCGAUAUAGUUAGAAACGAAGAAUUCAACGAUACAAAUGGUAAUCAUAUUGGUAUCGACGUAAACUCGCUAAAAUCCUUAUCUUCACAUGAGGCUGGCUACUGGAGUGGAAAAUAUGACAAUGAGUUUAAGGUGUUGAACAUUAAAAGUGGUGAAAAUUAUCAAGUUUGGAUUGAAUUUAUGCACUCUAAGAUAAACGUUACUAUGGCUCCGGCAGGACAAAAUAGGCCUCAAGUUCCUCUCAUCAGUAUGAAUGUUAACCUUACUGGGGUUCUUGUGGAUGAAACAUACGUUGGAUUCAGUGCAGCCACAGGGCAAAUAGUAGACAGUAGUAAGAUUCUUGCUUGGAGCUUUAGUAAUACAAAUUUUUCAAUAGGUGAUGCUUUAGUGACACACAACUUGCCGACAUUUAUUCCUCAUAAGGGAUGGUUUUCUAGAGCAAAAGCUUUACUUUUAGUGGCCACCGGUGUUGUUUUUGUCUUAAUAAUCAUCUGUUGCAGUAGUAUAGUUGUUUUCAUUCUAUAUAGGGGGGGAAAGGGAGAGGAAGAAAUUGAAGCGUGGGAACUAGAGUAUUGGCCACAUAGAAUUGGUUUCCAAGAGAUUCAUGCAGCAACAAGAGGAUUCUCUGAAGAGAAUGUGGUUGCUAUAGGAGGGAACAAAAGUGUGUAUAAAGGGAUUUUGCAAGGAGUUGAAGUCGCGGUUAAGAGAAUCCCUCAAGAAAGCAAAGGAAUGAGAGAGUUUUUGGCAGAGGUUUCAAGCCUAGGAAGAUUGAAACAUAGAAGUUUAGUAGGAUUUAGAGGUUGGUGCAAAGGAGAGAAUGGAAACUUGAUUCUCGUUUAUGACUUCAUGAAUAAUGGCAGUUUAGACAAAUGGAUCUUUGAGUGUGAAGAAGGAAAGAUGAUGGCAUGGGAAGAGAGGAUUCAAGUUUUGAAAAAUGUAGCCGCAGGGAUUCAAUACCUGCACGAAGGUUGGGAAGUUAAGGUCUUGCAUAGGGACAUCAAAGCAAGCAAUGUUCUACUUGACAAGGACAUGAAUGCCAGAUUGGGGGAUUUUGGAUUGGCUCUUAUGCAUGAGCAUCAUGGACAAGUGGCUAGUACAACGAAAGUACUAGGGACAUUAGGAUACAUUGCUCCAGAAGUUAUUCGGACAGGAAGAGCGUCGACUAUGUCUGAUGUGUUUGGUUUUGGAAUAUUGGUGUUGGAAGUAAUUUGCGGGCGAAGACCUAUUGAAGAAAAUAAACCAGGACUAGUUGAAUGGGUGGAGUCCCUAAUGGUUGUUGGACAAUUGCACAAUGCUAUUGAUGAAAGGUUGAAGGCUAAAGGAGGAUACCCUGCUGAGGAAGCUGAGAGAUUACUUCAUUUGGGUUUGUUGUGUUCAAAUUCAAACCCUAGUGUUAGACCAAUAAUGAGGCAGGUUGUGAAAAUGUUGGAGGGAGAAAUGUAUAACACUGAAUCUGAUGAAGAAAAUAUGGAGAAAGGUUUACUUCGAAGAAUAAAAUCAGCUGCAAUGUGGACUAGAACUGAAAGUGGACUUCGAUACAAAAAUCACCCUACUUUUGAAGAUAUUAAAAUGUUUAGUUAUAACUCUGAGAGAACUACAAGUAGCUCAAGUUCCAUUCCACAAGGAUCAUAAUCAGAAUCGGAUUCAGAUAUCAUUCAGGAAGGCUGGCAAUGUUGUAGAUUUUAGGUUAUUCAUUAUGUUGCACUGAGUGAAGAAUAUUCGAGGUCUUAGCUUAUUAUGAGUUGGAUUGUGUAAACUACCAAACCAUGGAAGUUAAUUGUUUUCUACUUUAAGUUUUAUAUAUUUCAUAAAAUGUUGUAUAUUUUUAAGGACAAAAUUCUGUUCAAAAUUGCAUGAGGUCGUUAUAGGAUGUAUGAAAUGACAAUGAUAAUGAUAA